CAACAUUGAGUGUAGCCUAUUAUUGCAAAUACGCAUACAGAAAUGGCAAAAUCCUACACCAUAUUUCUUGCUUUUCUUUUCUGCUUCCUCAUAGCGACGCCUACCGAGAGUAAAGUAGGUGAAGAAAAGGUGUGCGGGAAGCUAAGCCAAACGUACACCGGUUGGUGUGAUAAUGGUGGCGACUGUGAUCUCCGUUGCCGGACUAAUGAAGGCGCGGUUUCCGGCUCAUGUCACUGGCAUGACCUUGGAAUGGCUUGCUUCUGCUAUUUCAAUUGCUGAUGAUGAAGACUUCUAUAUAUAUAUGUGUGUCAAUGUCAGUCAUGAUGAUCAUCAAUAAUAUAAUAACAAUAAUCCCUCAAAGUAUAUGAAUAAUACUGCAUGCUGCAUGCCUACCUAAUUGUAUUACAAUGAAUUCUCUGCUGCCUAAUUAUUGUAUUACAAUGAAUUGCAUGUACUUUGCAGAAAAUAAAAUAAUUAAUAAAAAGUGUGUCCAUCAUAUCCUUUUUUCAA